AUGAAAAGAGGAAAAACUCAAUCAUUGUUUCAGACUUUGCAGCAACGUCUAGUGAACUUAGAACCUCUUGACUGUACAGCAAUGCCCUUGGUUUUACUAACUGGUUUUCCGAGUAGCGGUAAAACAACUGUGGCCAAGAAACUCGUCACGUUACUACAGGAAACUAUCGAUUCCAACGAUAAACUGUCAAACUAUUCUGUUGUAUACCAUUCAGAUGAAACCUUAAACAUAUCUCACGAUGAUUAUAUUGGGUCAAAUGAAGAAAGAAGGGCAAGAUCUAAGAUUAUGUCUGUGGUGAAGAGAGAUCUUUCUCGUCAGAAAGUCGUCAUUGUUGAUUCGUUGAAUUACAUAAAAGGAUUCCGGUAUCAAUUGCACUGUGAAGUGAAAAACGUGAUGACAACGUAUUGUUUGAUCCACACGGUAUGCCCAAUGAGCAACUUGGUUGAAUGGAAUGAGAAAGAGACUGAUUUGCAUAAACCUUGGGAAAGCAAUUUUUUGAAUGCUCUUAUUCAAAGGUAUGAAGAACCAAACCCUCAAACAAGGUGGGAUUCUCCAUUAUUCACUAUAUUGACGUCUCAAGAUGACAUCAGUACCCUAUACACAGAUAUUAGUAAGGCAAUAUUCCCAACCGUGUUCAAACCGGCAACGAAUGAUAGAGAUACUGAGAAGAUCCUGCAACAAUUAAAGCCAAACAAUGCCACGAUAUUGAAGGCUGCCUCUCACACUAACUCUUUGCAAAUACUUGACUCCGAGGCCAGUAGUGUCAUAAAGAUUAUAAUGAAAUAUAUGCAGCAAAAUGUGGUCAGUGGUGGCACUUCAAGAAUAAUUCUUACUCCUGAGAAUACUGAUUUAAACGAUCCAAACUGUCUUUAUGUCGAUCUCUCACUACAAAAUUGCUCCAUGCCUCAAUUACAAAGAAUAAAACGUCAAUUUGUUGCAAUGAAUAGAUUAAGAAACUUAGAGCAAGAUAGAGUAAAACCGUUAUUCGUUGAAUAUUUGAACAAACAUUUGAAUGUCUGA